AUUUGUCGCCCUCGGGUUUAUGCGAACCCGCGCCGCGUGGCGGCUCGUGUCCCCCGCUGCGAUUCCUUGGGUUCUCGCACCGAGGGGAACUCUAGAGUCUAAGCGCGGGGGUUCUCGCGCAUGGAACUCUGAGCCUCGGGUUCUCGCACAUAGAACUCUGAGCCUCGGGUUCUCGCACGAGGAUCAACGCCCUCACCUCGCCCAGCAAGCAAUAUUACACUUUCGGAUAUAUUAGGUUGCCUUGCGGCGUUCUCGGCGUACUGAAACCAUGGCGUCCACCGAGCCGGAAUCCUCCCAAACGCCUCCUUCCGCCGGCGAGAACGGCUCCGAGCCGGCGAAUCUCAGCAAGAAGCAGGCGAAGAAGGAGGCCCAGAAGGCCGAGAGGCUCCGCAAGCAGCAAGAGGCCGCGGCCGCCGCCGCCGCCUCCGUGGAGUCCGCAGAAGCCGACCCCUUCUCCGGGAACUACGGCGACGUCCCGACGGAGGAGAUCCAGUCGAAGGCGAUCAGCGGUCGCCGGUGGACGGAGAUCGGGUCUUUGGACGCCGAGCUGGCUGACCGUACAGUCCUGAUCCGGGGCGCCGCCCAGGCAAUCAGGCCGGUCAGCAAGAAGAUGGUGUUUCUGGUGGUGAGGCACUCCGUGAGCACGGUUCAGUGCGUGCUGGUUGUCAACAAGGAGUGCGUGAGCCCUCAGAUGGUCAAGUUCGCCACGGGUCUCAGCAAGGAGUCCAUCGUCGACGUCGAAGGGGUCGUCUCCAUUCCCAAGGAACCCAUCAAGGGCACCACCCAGCAGGUGGAAGUUCAAGUGAGGAAGCUUUUCUGUGUCAAUAGAGCUGUGCAGAAUUUGCCUAUCAAUAUUGAGGAUGCAGCACGAAGUGAGAUGGAAUUUGAAAAAGCUGAACAGACUGGAGAGCAGCUUGUUCGUGUUGGCCAGGACACUCGCUUGAAUUAUAGAGUUCUCGACGUGCGCACUCCUGCAAACCAAGCAACUUUCCGUAUUCAAUGUCAUGUUGAAGAUAUGUUUAGACGUUUUCUGCUGUCCGAGGGAUUUGUGGGGAUCCAUACUCCCAAGCUUGUACCUGGAUCAAGCGAAGGUGGUGCAGCUGUAUUUAAACUGGACUACAAGGGUCAACCUGCCUGCUUGGCACAAUCACCUCAGCUUUAUAAGCAAAUGGCAAUAUGUGGCGGUUUUGGACGUGUAUUCGAAGUUGGUUCUGUAUUCAGAGCAGAAGACUCCUUUACGCAUAGGCAUUUGUGUGAGUUUGUCGGCCUUGAUGUUGAAAUGGAGAUCAAGGAACAUUAUUUUGAGGUUUGUGAUAUUGUGGACCGUUUGUUUGUUGCAAUGUUUGACUAUUUGAAUGAGAACUGCAAGAAGGAAUUGGAUGCAAUCAACAAACAAUAUCCCUUUGAACCUUUGAAGUACUUGCGGAAGACCUUGCGACUCACUUUUCUGGAGGGUGUCCAAAUGCUUAAGGAAGCUGGAAUAGAAGUUGAUCCUUUUGGGGAUUUAAAUACAGAGGCGGAGAAAAAAUUGGGUCAGCUUGUUCGUGAGAAAUAUGACACUGAAUUUUAUAUUCUUUAUCGGUAUCCUUUGGCUGUGAGACCAUUCUACACCAUGCCCUGUUAUGAUGAUCUGGCAUAUAGUAAUUCAUUUGAUGUCUUCAUUCGAGGCGAGGAGAUAAUUUCAGGGGCUCAGAGAAUACACUUACCUGAGUUAUUGACGAAACGUGCAGAGGCAUGUGGCAUUGAUGUUAAGACUAUAUCAACAUAUAUUGACUCUUUCCGGUAUGGUGCACCUCCACAUGGUGGGUUUGGUGUGGGCCUGGAGCGAGUGGUUAUGCUUUUCUGUGCUCUCAACAACAUACGCAAAACAUCACUUUUCCCUCGUGAUCCACAGCGGCUUGUUCCGUGACAAAGUUUUGUUCCUCAAUGACUCCACUUUAAUAAAGUGUUACUAUUGGUUAUGUGGAGAUGAUGCGAGAUCUCUCAGGCUAUUUGACAUAUCCAACAAAUGGAAUACAUUCUGUUGACAUCUAUAUAAACUGAAUUGAAAGGAUUACAUUUUGGUCAGAAGGUCACCCGGCCUUUAUUUCCUUGUGCACCUGUUGAAGGGGAUUUUUGCUUUGUUAUUGCUUCGGAUGGACUUUCUAUAGCAACACAAAAUUAAUCCAUGGUGUUCUUUUUUUUUUC